AUGUAUGAAACAGGCUUGAUUCGCAUUAGUCCUUCAGCGUCCAAAUUCCGAAAAGAAGAUCUUGAAGCGCUGAACAUAGUUUUUCGCCCAGCUUCAUCUGAAGAUGCAGUCAUUCCGGCAAUUAAUGUAAAAGACUAUCCGAAAAAAUAUGAGAUCCCUGAAAUCAACUCAUUAAUUCGUGGUGAUCCAAAUUUCAAUGUUAACAAUUUCAAGAAAAUUCAGGAUAAUCGUGUCAAAACGUUUAUCGACAAACUGCACGAUGUAAUCAGGAUGGAUGUUGCUAAAGGCACGGAUGAGUCUACGACUGACACUUUGGUAUCAGAUAUGCUAAGUCAUGCUGCCGAUAUGGAUAGUUGGCCCUUUAUAUUUCGCCGCCAUCCAUUUUGCGAACUAGUCAUUGGUGGUAAAGCUGUGUCAGCUAGACCUGAAUUUGUGAUUGAUAAGGGUCGGAUUGCUAUAGUUGUUAUAGAGGACAAACACUUGAAAAAUAAAAUGCUUACUAAAGGGACUGGUUUCGGAGAAGUACAACUUGCCGCUGAAAUACUCGCCUGUGGUAGUGUAAAUUUACGUGAUGUUUAUAUGGGUGAAUAUGUUGAUCAAGAAAUAUUUGCCAUUCGCGUUAUAUCUAGUUAUUUUACAUUUUACCGUACUGUAAUUACUGCAUCUUAUUGGGAAGAACUAGAUUUAAGUCUGCCAAAAGAACAGAUGGUUAUGAUUGAAAGAUGGCCACCUAAAAAUGGUAAAGAUGAAGGUUUAGACAUUGCGGAACUGGGAGGAAGAAAAGCAGUUCUAAUGGCGUUGGCCAAAAUUCGAGAACAUCUUUUGCAGUAG